UACAACGAAGCUGCGAAAAAAUCCAAAAAGCUCUCACUUUUCGAUUCUUUAGGUUUUUUCUAGGGUUCUUCUGAGAUAUCGAGGUUUGCAUAUUUGGGUAUUUCUCCUAAACGAAACCCUAGUUUUUGUAAUCGAACUUAGUAACCCACCAUGUCUAAUGAUGAUCACUACGAAGACAAAGAUUAUAGCUUUGACGAUGAUUCAGAGAUCGAAGAGGAUGAGGAGGAAGAAGAAUAUGAGCCGAGAAGUAGCCGUAAAGGAAGCUCAGGGAAGAAAAGGGGAAGAUCAAAUUCAGUUUCCGAUGGUCGUCGUCGGGUAGGGAAAAAAAAGAAGUCUUCAGGUUCCGCGUUCAUAGACUGGGAGGUCGAGGUCGAUGACGACAUCGAAGACGAAGAUGAUGAUAUAGUUCCAGAGGACAAUGGUUUUAUUGUAAGUGGUGAAACUGAACUUCCCAAUGAGGAGGAUGAUGAUGAUCAUAGGCAAUUUUACCAACAGAGGUUUCAUCCUGAUGAAGAAGAAGAAGAAGAUGUUGAAGAGUUCGAGAAGAGAUACAUGGAAAGGCUUACUAGUAUGCAUGCAGAGAAUGAUGUUGACCUUGAAGAGGUUAACGACGUUGAUCAGCAAGCGCUUUUGCCAUCAGUUCGUGACCCAAAAUUGUGGCUUGUGAAAUGUGCGAUUGGCCGUGAGAGAGAAGUUGCUGUUUGUCUUAUGCAAAAAAGCAUAGAUGUAGAAUCAGAGUUCAAGAUUAGAUCUGCUAUUGCCCUUGAUCAUCUUCAGAACUAUAUAUAUGUUGAAGCGGAUAAGGAAGCUCACGUGAAAGAGGCUAUCAAGGGCAUGAGGAAUAUCUUUGCUAGUCAUAAGAUUUUACUUGUCCCCAUAAAAGAAAUGACUGAUGUUCUUGCUGUAGAAAGUAAAGCAAUCGAUCUAUCCCGGGGUACGUGGGUUAGAAUGAAACUUGGGAUAUAUAAGGGUGAUCUAGCUCAGGUGGUUGAUGUUGAUAAUGUUCGUAAGAGGGUCAGAGUCAAGUUGAUCCCAAGAAUUGAUCUGCAGGCUCUAGCCAAUAAGCUGGAGGGAGGAGAGAAUGUCAAGAAGAAAGCUUUUGCUCCACCUCCACGUUUCAUGAACAUUGAUGAGGCAAGGGAACUUCACAUACGUGUUGAGCAUCGGCGUGAUUCAAUGACUGGUGACUACUUUGAAACUAUCGAUGGUAUGCUUUUCAAAGAUGGGUUUCUCUACAAGAAAGUAUCAACAAAGUCGAUUGUUGCUCAGAAUAUUACACCAACCGUCGAUGAACUUGAAAGAUUCAAGAGAUCAAGUGAAAAUGGGGAGAUCGACUUUGUUGAUCUGUCAACUUUAUUUGCAAAUAGAAAGAAGGGUCAUUUCAUGAAAGGUGAUGCGGUCAUCGUUAUCAAGGGUGAUCUAAAAAACUUAAAGGGUUGGAUUGAGAAAGUAGAUGAAGAUAAUGUUCUUAUCAGAACAAAGAUGAAAGGUCUUCCUAAUCCUCUUGCUGUGAAUGAGAGAGAGCUUUGCAAAUACUUUGAACCUGGAAAUUUUGUGAAAGUUGUGUCUGGCAUUAAUAAAGGAGCAACUGGCAUGGUUGUCAAAGUUGAUCAGCAUAUGCUUAUCAUUCUGUCUGAUACAACCAAAGAGCAUAUUCGUGUCUUCGCUGAUCAUGUUGUCAAGAGUGCAGAAGUGACUAAUGGUGUCACAAAAAUUGGAUAUCAUGAACUUCAUGAUCUUGUGCUUCUAAGUGACUUGAGCUUUGGAGUAAUCAUAAAACUUGAUAGUGAAGCUAUCCAGAUUCUCAAAGGGGUUCCUGACAGGCCGGAAGUCUCUAUUGUCAAAGCCAGCGAAAUAAAAUACAAAGUUAUGAAGAAAAUCAAUGCGCAAGACCGUUACAAAAAGGUCAUCACAGUGAAAGAUGUUGUCAGGGUCAUUGAGGGUCCUAACAAAGGUAAACAAGGUCCAGUGGAGAAAAUCUACAAAGGAGUGUUGUUUAUACAUGACCGACAUAACCUUGAACACACUGGAUAUAUCUGCACUAAAAGCUCAUCUUGUGUUCUUGUUGGUGGAUCAUGUUCCGGCGCAGACAGAAUUGUUGAGUCCUUCUCAAGGUUAGGCAAUUUCAGGACACCAGCACCGGUUCCGCCAUCUCCAAGAAGAUUUCAAUGGGCUGACAUGGGAUAUAACCUUGGAGCUGGAACUGGAGGGAGACAUCGAGGUGAAAGAAGGGGAAGAGAUGACGAUUGCUUGCUGGGUACUUAUGUGAAAAUUCGUCUGGGGCCUUUCAAGGGAUAUAGGGGGCGUGUAGUUGAAGUAAAAAAAAAUACAGUGCGUGUGGAACUCGAGGCAAAGAUUGUGACAGUUGAUCGGGAAGCGAUAUUGGAUAUAACUGAUAAUAACGUAGCCACACCCUCUCAGUAUAAUAUUGGAAGCCAAACUCCUCUACAUCCUUCACGGACUCCACUUCGUCCUUGUAUGACUCCGAUGCGGGAUUCUGGAGCUACACCUAUCCAUGAUGGAAUGAGGACACCUAUGCGUGGUAGAGCUUGGAAUCCUUACAUGCCUAUGAGUCCUCACAGGGAUAACUGGGAAGAUGGGAAUCCGGGAUCAUGGGGAACAAGUUCACAGUAUCAUAGUGGAAGUCCAUAUGAAGCAGCUACGCCUGGAUCAGGAUGGGCUACUAGUACUCCUGGUCGUAGUAGUUACAGUGAUGAAGGAACAACAAUAAGAAAUGGUAAUGCUCCAAGUCCUAUGACACCAAGCUCUGCUUCCUAUCUACCUAGCACUCCCGGAGGACAACAACCAAUGACACCUGGAACUGAUCUUGAUGUCAUGUCUCCUGAUAUAGGUGGGGACGCAGAAACAAGGUUCAUGCCUGGUAUUUUGGUCAAUGUACACAAGGCUGGAGAGGAUAGCAAUCCUGGCGUCAUCCGAGAUGUUCUUCCGGGUGGGUCAUGUGUAGUAGCUCUUGGAUACAGAGGUGAAGGCGACACGGUAAUGGCGACAGAGAGUGAAGUGAGGCUAGUUAGUCCGAGGAAGAACGAACGUGUGAAGAUUGUUGGAGGCAAAUAUUGUGGUUCAACAGCUAAGGUCAUUGGUUUAGACGGAUCGGAGGGUAUAGUUAGGCUAGAUGACAGUCUCGAUGUCAAGAUUAUGAACUUGGCUAUAUUAGCCAAGUUUGUUCAUUAGUUGUAACCUAUUUUUCUCAUGUUUCCAUAGAGAUUGUCUAUAAUAAUCUUGAGAUUGAUUUGAAC